CUUCCGUGUUUCGAGGACUACAGUGGCCGGAGAGCAAACAGCGCCCAGUGUCAGACUCAGAAUGCGCUCUAUCCCGGAGGAUUUAAUCGCACUCGUCGCAGAUUUUGAGACCUACCUGACAGAAGUUCUGAAAGGUGAGAAUUUGAGUAAGAAGGCUAAGGAGAAAAGGGAUGCCUUUAUCAAGAGGAUAAGAGAGGUCAAAGCAAGUUAUUUGCAGGAUUUCAAGGAAAAACGGGAGGAAGAGGGAGACGAACCGGAGGACGCAGACAGCAAUAACGAUGGUGGGGACCGGGACGAGGAAGCUGCGUACGAUGGUGUUCAGCAGGCCCCAGCUGUGGCUGCCCAAGACCUCCCAUCUGUCUUCAAGAGUGGCUACCUGGAGAAACGCCGCAAAGACCACAGCUUCUUUGGUCCAGAGUGGCAGAAGAGAUGGUGUGCGCUAAGCAACCACACGUUCUAUUAUUAUGGCAGUGAGAAAGACAAGCAGCAGAAGGGAGAGUUUAAUAUUGACGGCUACGCUAUCAAAAUAAACAACACCCUACGCAAAGAUUCUAGGAAGGACUGUUGCUUUGAGAUAUCUGCACCCGACAAACGUGUUUACCAGUUCUGUGCCUCCUCUCAGAGGGAGGCGGAGGAGUGGGUGGAGCAGAUUGGCUUUGUGAUGAAAGACCUGGAAGGCAUCAUUCCGUUGGAGGAUGAGGAAGAAAUGUACGAUGACUGCUUGCCCAUGAACCCAGCCGCCAUGUCUGAGCCCACUGACGACGACAUCUAUGAGGAACUUCCUGAGGACGAGAUGCCUCAACCUAUUAAACCAACACCUGAGCCGGUCAGCAAGCCUCCUCCUCCAGGUCCAGGCACAGCCGUAAAUAAGAACACGGACUACGCAAACUACUUCCAGGGAUUGUGGGACUGCAAUGGGGACCAGCCCGACGAGUUGUCCUUCAAGAGAGGAGAUGCCAUCUACAUUCUCAGCAGGGAGUAUGACACUUUCGGCUGGUGGGUUGGGGAGAUGAAGGGCACGAUCGGCAUAGUGCCCAAAAACUACCUGACGGAGAUGUACGUUCUGUGAGCGGCUCGACGUGCGCGACAGCAGAGUCCUGUGGUGACCCCAGCCUUCUCUCUUGCGUCUCACCACUCCUGAACGACAGUACUGGGAGCACAAAGCGGCCACGCUCUCACACAGAGCCGAAACUGUGGUAUACGUACCGAUCGCUCCAAUGUUACCUCUCUAUCACUAUUGUAGGGUAUGUUUCUGCUCUCACAUUCCACAUUAUUUACAAUGUAAUUCAUGCCAAAAGGCAGGGGCGCCACUAUUUAUUUCCAUACUCUGUGAAUUCUCUGUGAUGAGACUGUGCCACAACCACCUUUUAGUUUCAAACGUGUCCAUGUCAAGUAAAUGUUUGUAUUGUUAUUGAAAUUAUUCAUUUGUUUAUUAGUAUAUCAGCUAUAUAAAAGUGUAACAAGAGUAGGAUGUUUGUGUUGUAAUUGUUUUGUAUUUAAGUUGUAUUAGCAAAAAGAAAAGUAAGGAUUGUGAAAUAAAGCUUUUUGAAAAAUAUA